UUUCUUGUGAUAUUUUUAUUGGAACUAAGUGCUUUUCUCUCGAUUUUUGGGGAGAAUGUAACCACCACCUUAAUUGGACAUGUGCUACGAGGGAGCGAGGAUGACAAUAUAGUCUUUUCACCUUACUUGCUGAGAGAGAGUCUUAUGCAACUGUACCUGGGAGCUGGUGGAGAAACAGCUAAGCAGAUUGAGAAUAUGCUACAGUUAAAUAAUUCAACAAGAAUUCGGGAAAUUCGUCAGCUUGGAAGAAGGAUGCAAAGGCUUCAGCGAUCCCGAUACUUAACAUUAAAGAGUGGAAGUCGUAUCUAUGUGGCGAAAGAUCUUCCAUUAUUGACAGCAUAUCAGAAAGAGUCGAGAGAUUUUUUUAAUACCACGGUGGAGAAGGUUGAUUUUAAGAGCUCUGAUGAAACAAUUUCCCAAAUGAAUGCCUGGAUAGCUAAAAAAACUGAUAACAAAAUAAAGUUUGCAAUUACGGAAAUUGCACAUGAUACGAAAAUGAUGCUUCUCAGUGCGAUUUACUUUGAGGGUAAAUGGAAAUAUCCGUUCAACAGUCUUGACACAAGAAAAGCUUCAUUCUUUAUACCGCAGAAAACAGGAGAUUUUCGAACUGUCCUCGUGGAUACGAUGAAGCGAAAAGGGUAUUAUAAGUAUUCCUACAUAAGUAAAUUGAAUGCGUACUCCAUAGAAAUACCCUAUACCAACUCAGAUAUUUCACUUAUCAUCCUACUGCCUAAGAAUAUGGACGGAGUCGAUGAAGUGGUUCAGAAUUUGGAUGCAAUUCACUUUCAUGAAAUUGCACCACGUGACGCCAAGACUAAUUUUCGAAUCCUAUUGCCCAAGUUUAAAAUUGGAAGUAUGCUAAAAAUGAAAUCAGCAUUAGAAAGUCUAGGAAUCCACGAUCUAUUCAAAGAUGCCAAUUUGGGAGCAAUGACUGAAAUGAAGACAGGAUUGUUUGUCAACGAAAUCUUUCAAAAAACAGAAAUUGAGGUGAAUGAAAAAGGGUCAAGGCCUGUCACUAUCAAAAAAUUAGAUUUUGGCUACAUUAGCAGACAAUUUGUGGCUGAAGUUAACCAUCCAUUUGUGUUUUUGGUCAAAGACCGGACGACAAUUUACCUUGCGGGACGCGUUAACAGACUGGAAUAGUUGACGAAAUUCGAUUAAAGUUCGCUUUUUAGUUCUGUUUCACAAAUCUCUAAGACUUUGACGACAAACCAACCGAAACAUUUUCGGAGUCACUAAAAUCGGCUGCCAGGAACCCAUUUAAAAUUUUUAAAGCCAUUUUUAAUUACUGUUUUA